AUGAAGGCCGCCCAAGAUCGACAAAAGAGUUACGCGAACAAGAGAAGGCGAGACUUAGAGUUUUCGACUGGGGAUCAUGUAUGGCUGAGAGUGAUGCCCAUGAAGGGCGUACGUCGAUUUGGGGUGUCGGGGAAGCUUAACCCUCGCUAUAUUGGGCCGUUUGAGAUUUUGGAACGAGUUGGCACUCUGGCCUAUAGGUUGGCCUUGCCACCGCAACUAUCUGGCGUUCAUAACAUCUUCCAUGUGUUCAUGCUGAGGAAGUACGUGUUGGAUCCUCAGCACAUUAUUGACUAUCAGACUAUAGAGGUCAGGGAAGAUGUGGCAUACGAGGAAAUGCUUGUCAGUAUCUUGGAAUGGAAAGAGAAAGUGUUGCGAAGCCGGUCGAUUUCUUUUGUGAGGGUUCAGUGGCAACAUCAUUCUCCGGACGAGGCUACUUGGAAACGUGAGGAUGAGAUGAGCCGUCUUUUCCCCCAGCUAUUCUCAUGA